CCGCGGAGUUCUAGCCGCCCGAGCCGGACACCAUGCCUCAGGAAGAGUAGAUCUCUCCCCUGUUUCAUGAUGGAGGACUCCGGAAAGACGACGUUCAGCUCCGAGGAGGAAGAAGCCAACUACUGGAAAGACCUGGCUAGGACCUACAAACAGAGGGCAGAGAAUGCUCAAGAAGAACUGCGAGAAUUCCAAGAGGGAAGCCGAGAAUAUGAAGCUGAACUGGAGAUGCAGCUGCAACAAAUCGAAACCAGAAACAAGGACCUGCUGUCUGAGAACAACCGCCUCCGCAUGGAGCUAGACACCAUCAAGGAGAAGUUUGAAAUGCAGCAUUCUGAAGGUUACCGGCAGAUCUCGGCCUUGGAGGAUGACCUUGCCCAGACAAAAGCAAUUAAAGACCAAUUGCAGAAAUACAUCCGAGAGCUGGAGCAAGCCAAUGAUGACUUGGAGAGAGCAAAAAGAGCCACGAUCAUGUCCCUGGAAGACUUUGAGCAGCGUUUGAAUCAAGCCAUUGAACGAAACGCUUUCCUGGAGAGCGAGCUUGACGAGAAGGAAAAUCUCCUGGAAUCUGUCCAGCGGCUGAAGGAUGAAGCCAGAGAUUUGCGGCAGGAAUUGGCGGUACAGCAGAAGCAGGAGAAGCCGCGGACGCCCAUGCCCAGCGCACUGGAGGCUGAGAAGACAGACACGGCUGUGCAGGCCACUGGCUCCGUGCCGUCCACGCCCGCAGCCCAUCGAGGACCCAGUUCCAGCUUGAACACCCCAGCGACCUUCAGACGUGGUCUGGAUGACUCCAGUGGUGGGACCCCCCUCACACCGGCGGCCCGGAUAUCUGCCCUCAACAUUGUGGGAGACCUGCUGCGGAAAGUAGGGGCCCUGGAGUCCAAACUUGCAUCCUGCAGGAACUUCGUAUACGAUCAGUCCCCAAACCGAACCAGUGGCCCAGCUUCUGGGAGGGGGAGCAAGAACAGAGACGGCAGUGACAAACGGGUCAGCAGCAUCAGCGGGCCUUUGGGUGAUAAAGGGUUGGGAAAACGCCUGGAGUUUGGGAAGUCGUCUUCGUCGGCCCAGGGUGUAGUCAAGAUGUUGCUUUAG